UAUAUAUGUGAUCAUUUUUAUUAUAUAUUUCUAAUUUAAUAUAUUUAAUUUUAGAAUUUAACGAAAUUAUUUACAAAAUAUAAAACAAUAAGUAUCAAUAAUGGAAUUAUUAAAUGAGCCAAUUCGACAAAAAUCAAUGAUACUAUGUUGUAUUUGUGGCAUUAGUAUUGAACCUAAUCCAGCAAAUAUGUGCGUGGCAUGUUUAAGAACUCAAGUAGAUGUUACUGAGAAUAUUCCAAAGCAAGCAACAAUUCAUUUUUGCAAAGGUUGUGAAAGAUAUUUACAACCACCUGGAGAAUGGAUUCAUGCAGCAUUAGAAUCUAGAGAAUUAUUAACAUUGUGUUUGAAAAAAUUAAAAGGUUUAAAUCGUGUAAAAUUAAUUGAUGCUGGAUUUGUAUGGACAGAACCUCAUUCUAUGAGAUUAAAGGUAAAAUUAACAGUACAAGCUGAAGUAAUAGGAGGAGCAGUUCUUCAACAAGUAUUUAUAGUUGAAUACACAAUAAAUCAUCAAAUGUGUAAUGAUUGUCAUCGAACAGAAGCAAAAGAUUAUUGGCGUGCUUUGGUACAAGUACGGCAGAGAGCAACAAAUAAAAAGACAUUUUAUUAUUUAGAGCAACUAAUAUUAAAAUAUAAAGCACACGAACAUACUUUGGGUAUAAAACCUAUUCAUGAGGGUUUAGAUUUUUUUUUUGCAAACGAAGCAACAGCACGCAAAAUGGUUGAUUUUCUUUCAAGUGUUAUACCUUGUCGAUAUGACCAUUCUAAAAAAUUAAUAUCACAUGAUAUUCAUAGUAAUAUUUACAAUUAUAAAUUUACAUACAGUGUGGAGAUAGUCCCAAUAUCAAGAGAUAGUAUAGUAUGUCUUCCAAGAAAAUUAAGUCAUCAACUUGGAGGAAUAAAUUCGAUUUGCUUAGUAUACAAGAUAACAAAUUUCAUACAUUUAAUAGAUGUAUCAUCUGGGCAAAUUGCAGAAUUAAAUGCUUCACUUUAUUGGAGACAUGCUUUUAAUAGUAUUUGUGAUCCAAAGCAAUUAAUAGAAUAUACAGUAAUGGAUAUUGAACAAAUAAAAUUUAAAGAUAGAAAAUUUUUUCCUGGACAAGGAACUAUUUCAGAUAAACAUGUAAUAGCAGAUGUGUGGUUAGUUAGAAGUUGUGAUUUAGGAAUAAAUGAUAAUUUAAUUCAUACACGCACUCAUCUUGGUCAUGUAUUAAAACCUGGCGAUACUGCUUUAGGAUAUGCUCUUAAUGACAGUAAUAUUAAUGAUAAAAAUUUUGAAAUAUUAAAUAAAGAUUUAGUCCCAGAUAUAAUUUUAACAAAGAAGAAUUAUAUAAAUGAUAGAGCUGCGCGACGCAGAAUGAGAACUUGGAAAUUAAAACAUAUGUUAUCGGAUAAGGACAAUAUGACUACAGAUAAUAAUGAUUAUUAUGAGUUUCUGGAAGAUAUUGAAGAAGAUCCAGAAAUGAGACAAAACAUAAAUAUUUUUAAAGAUCGCAUGAAGACAAUUCCAAUAGACACAAAUGAGUUAUCUGAUCCUAGUUGUCCACAAAUUACUCUUGAAGAAAUGCUUGACGAUCUCGCUAUUGAUGAUAUUGAAGUACCUCAUAUUUUGUGAUAAUAAUUUUAAUAAAAGUGUAAUAUGUAAAAUU